AAAGGCCCAGAGACACUGUUAGCAGGACAGAAGCUGAACGACAAUGAGUGGCACUCAGUGAAGGUGGUGCGUCGUGGGAAGAACCUGCAGCUCUCUGUGGACAACGUGACUGUGGAAGGUAAGAUGGUAGAGCAGAGUCAAACCAUGAGAUGAAGGGAAACUGUGAUCAUCAUGGUACACUACAUCUCUGCCCAUCAACAUGAAUUUAUUCCACCCCAGGCCAUAUGACCGGUGCCCAUACUCGCCUGGAGUUCCACAACAUUGAGACGGGCAUCAUGACCGAGCGCCGUUUUAUCUCCGUGGUGCCAUCUAACUUCAUAGGGCACCUGCAGGCCCUCUCAUUCAAUGGCGUGCCCUACCUGGACCAGUGUAAGAACGGAGACAUCUCCUACUGCGAGCUCAACGCCCGCUUCGGCAUGCGCCACAUCGUGGCUGACCCUGUGACCUUCCACAGUCGGGCUAGCUGCCUGGCCUUCUCCACCCUGCAGGCCUAUGCCUCCAUGCACCUCUUCUUUCAGUUCAAGACCACCAGCCUCGAUGGCCUGCUGCUCUUCAGCUCUGGAGACGGCAGUGACUUCAUCGUUGUGGAGCUGGUCAAAGGGUGAGUGGUGUGGUGGGGGUUAGGAAGGGGUGAAGCUCCACCUAGCUAUUCAAUUGACUUGGGUAAUUGGUUGGAGGUUGUUUUUAGACCAGAAGAAGCCAUUAUUUGUAAAUGUUGUAUAAUUUGUCUACAUGCAGACCUCCCUUGCAAAAUGAGGCCUUGGUCUCAAUAUAAUUUCCCUGUUAAAAAAGAAAGAAAAAAAUGUGUUCAACCUAUUUUGCAACCUAUUUUUCCAGAUACUGUAACCAUGCAGAGGGUGUGGGAUGAAUGAAUAAUAACACAGCUCACUGUUCCUCGUUUUUCUAGCUCAACAAGUUAUUUCGUGUUACACGGAAUCAUUUUAUUCUGUCAGCUGGAGCCAUAUAAAGGGAAUGUUUCAGAAUGUUUUGUUCACUGAAAAUGAUUUUGUAAAAAGAGAAGGAUAGAAUGAGUAAGAGUGAGAGAGAAAACAAUAAUGGCCACAGAUGUUUAACCGCAGUCCAGGUUUGCCCAGAAAUACUGUCGCUCAGUAAGCAAUUAGUCAGCAGGAGUUGUCCAUAACUGUGGAGCCUGCAGCAGCAACACACAUCACUCUGGAUCCAUGGGCUAGAGAGAGAACUCAGUCAUAGCACUCUCAGUACGGCUAGUACUUCACUUUCUAUGAAGGCACCUACACAUUCUCUGAUGAAGUUUGUAUGAAUAUUAUCGAUUUACAGUAUUUCAAGAAAACAGGAUGUUGCAAGAUCGUCCCUAUCCAUUUAAUUUCCAUUAAAUACAUACAUAGAUAUAUAUUUGUCAUUCUGUAAAUAGCCUACUUCAUGGUGUAAUGCUGUGUUGUAGGUACAUUCAUUACGUGUUUGACCUGGGGAACGGGCCGUCACUCAUGAAGGGCAACUCUGAGAAGCCUCUCAACGACAACCAGUGGCACGAUGUGGUGGUCUCCCGGGACGACAAUAACGUGCACAUCCUCAAAAUCGACUCCCACACCGUCACCCAGCACUCCAACGGAGCCCGCAACCUGGAUCUCAAA